UGAAGCAAAGUUAUGACCAUUAAAUCACCCAGUUUGUACGCGGGAACCCAUCUUUAAGUGGAGUUUACAAAUGGAGUUAACAAAUCCCAUUUGAAAGUGACUCUUCGUUUGUUUUCUUCCCGCAGCCAUGGAUAUUGAAACUUCUGUCGAGUCUACUGGUAAAGGAGCGGCGUCCAUAUCAUGCCGAUUGAUCAAUUUCGAAGAAUGGCAGACGAUAUUUUUAAUGAAACGAGAUAAUCAAAUUGAUAUUCAUCAGAUCCUACUAACCUUUGACAGACAACGGAAAGUCAUUUGGUUUAAUAAACAUCUGGAAUCAAGAUCACUAACUAAAGUUAAAAUAUCCAGAUACGAUGUAACCUUCCAACUGUGGAUUUACGGUCUGCAAUGUUCAGAUAAAGGACUUUUUGCUUGUCGCGCAUCCAGUGGUUCUAGGAAUUUAGAAGCCGAAAGAUUUUUAGAGGUGUCAGCAAAACCAGAACCUCCAGAAAUGCUUCUUCCACUAACUCUUGUUAAUGGCAGUUCUAAACGAAACAACAUAACAUGUUCAGCAGACGUUGGUUUUCCGCCAGGUAAUCUGAUUCUAAGCAAAAGACUUCCAUAUGAAUCUCUAUUCCAUGAUAUUGUGUUUGACCAUUUGACCAAAGUUACAGAGAAAGAUCAAUGUACCACCACAGUUAAGGGGGAAUAUUUUGUAUCCGGAGAGGAUAGUCUAAAUGGAACGUUGAUAAAAUGUGAAGUCCGCAAUGCAAGUGGUAUACCCUCAGUCAGUGUUAAUGAUACCCUUUAUGUUCUGAAAAAAAGUGAAUGUAAAGAAAGAAAAGGUGGUUAUAUACCUCAUCCUAAUGAUUGUAGAUAUUUUAUACAAUGUGCUAUAUCAGAUAUCUAUAUCAGUAGAUGUAGUCGGGGUUUGUGUUUUAAUCCAAGUACAGAGAAAUGUGAUCUGCUGGAACCAAAGACCACACAUUCAGCUGAAUCAAUUCAUCCCUGUAGAUCUAAUCGCCAUGGUGACUAUUUCCCUCACCCUGUAUUGUGUAAUAAAUAUUUUUGGUGUGUCCAAGGAAAGGAAGUGAUACAACAUUGUCGUCUUGGCACCCUUUACCACCGCAAUGGACAGUGUACAUUUAAUAUAGCAGAAUCAUUCUGUUACAAUAAAACACAAACAGAAUGAUGAAAUUCCUGCAAGUAGAAGGUGUGAAAUAUAUGAACUUACAUUAUAUGAAUCUUAGUUUGUAUCUAGUCUACCUAUUUAUAA